GUUUGUCAACAGCUCCCGCAGAAGGUGGUUUGCCACCGACCAACAAAUAAUAUUUCAACCGGAGUGGCACGAGCCAAGAAGAACGGACUCCGUAGUUUUUAGAUAUUGGGAUUAUAUCUUCUUACUUGGGUGUCCACGAUGAAGAGGAGACAGAAGCGAGUGUUGCAAAUGGCCUUCGUAUUCAUGGUGGCUUUGAUAUUUCUGCCAAACGUCGGACUGUGGUCUUUAUACCGGGAGAAACACCUGAUGAAGUCGCACGAGGCCGGCGAACAGCAAGGCUUCUCGCUGGGGCUGAGCGAAGGACACAUUUACACCUGGACGGACGGCUUGAGGAGGAGAGACUGGCAUGAUAACGAGAGCAUCAGGAGAGACGAACUGCGUGUCGGGAAAGGGGAGCACGGCAAGCCCUACCCUCUGGCUGAGGAUGAGUGUGACGACUCGGUUUACAAGGAGAACGGCUUCAACAUCUACGUUAGUAACAACAUCGCCCUGGACCGCUCUCUACCAGACAUCAGACAUCCAAACUGCAAGACGAAGCUGUACCUGGAGAACCUUCCCAACACCAGCAUCAUCAUCCCCUUCCACAAUGAGGGCUGGUCGUCCCUGCUGAGGACCAUCCACAGCAUCUCCUACCGCACCCCAGACCACCUCAUCGCUGAGAUCAUACUGGUGGACGACUACAGUGACAGAGAGCACCUGAAGGGCCGUCUGGAGGAGUACAUGGCCCGGUUCCCCAAGGUGCGCAUCGUUCGGACCAAGAAGAGGGAGGGUCUGAUCCGUACCCGUCUGCUGGGGGCCUCGGUGGCCAAGGGAGAAGUCCUCACCUUCUUGGACUCUCACUGUGAGGCCAACAUCAACUGGCUGCCCCCCCUGCUUGACCAGAUUGCCCAGAACCCCAAGACCAUCGUGUGCCCUAUGAUUGACGUGAUCGACCAUAACCACUUUGGAUAUGAAGCCCAGGCUGGGGAUGCCAUGAGGGGAGCCUUCGACUGGGAGAUGUACUACAAACGCAUCCCCAUCCCUCCAGAGCUCCAGGGCCCCGACACAAGUGAUCCCUAUGAGUCUCCAGUGAUGGCCGGAGGUCUCUUUGCCGUCAACCGUCGGUGGUUCUGGGAGCUGGGUGGCUACGACACUGGCUUGGAAAUAUGGGGCGGAGAGCAGUACGAGAUAUCGUUCAAGGUAUGGAUGUGUGGGGGCAGUAUGUACGACGUACCAUGCUCCCGAGUUGGACAUAUCUACAGGAAAUACGUUCCCUACAAAGUGCCGUCCGGAACAAGCCUAGCCAGAAACCUGAAGAGGGUGGCUGAGACAUGGAUGGAUGAGUACACAGAGUACAUCUACCAGCGUCGUCCAGAGUACCGCCACCUGUCCACUGGGGACCUGACAGCCCAGAAGGAGCUGAGAAGACACCUCAAGUGUAAAGAUUUCAAGUGGUAUAUGAACGCUGUGGCCUGGGACCUGGCCAAGUACUACCCCGCUGUGGAGCCGCUGCCUGCCGCCUGGGGAGAGAUUCGUAACGCUGCAUCAGGUCUGUGUAUAGACUCCAAGCACGGCCCCACAGGGACAGAGCUGCGACUGGACGCCUGUCUGAAGGAGGGGGCUGAACGCACCUGGGCACACGAACAGAUAUUUACAUUUGGCUGGAGAGAGGACAUCAGGCCAGGGGAUCCUCUCCACACCAGGAAGUUCUGCUUUGACUCCAUCUCCCAGAGUUCCCCUGUCACACUGUACGACUGCCACGGCAUGAAGGGCAACCAGCACUGGAGCUAUAGGAAGGAUAAAUUGCUGUACCACCUGGUGAGCAGCGGUUGCAUGGACUGCAGUCCCGGUGAUAAGAGGAUUUUCAUGAAUAAAUGUGACCCUGGGUCGGAGACACAGCAGUGGCUGUUCCAGAGAGUCAACGCCACCGUCCUGGACAAAUUCAACAGCGCUGCGGCUGCCAGCUCCUAGGAACCACGCGCCAACCCCCACGACAAAAAAAAAAACCACCGUGUGCAUUGUAGCAGCAAGCGGCCAGCCAGUUAGCUAGCGGUCCUGUCUCCCAGACCCCCCAGCUCAUCAACGUGGGGGCUACCAAGUGGAAGAGAAGGGGGUGGGGGGGCUGGGGCUACGUUUCUGUUCUGUCUGACGGAUCCUCUGCCCGAUGGGCUCAGAUCCAAAAUGGAGGAUAAAGACUCCUUCCUGGCUGAAAGAGAUUCUGGGAUUCUGCCUGGUUCUGCCCAAUGGGCUGAUGGGACGUUCAAGGUCGCCGAUCCUCAGAAAACCAACCAGACUAGACUAGACCCAAGCUAAGCCGCCACACAGAGGCACCUUGCUGGUCGAGGACACAGAAACCUCCAGAACACUAUCCUCUAGGUCCUCUAUGGGUCAAAGGUCAAACACAGCAGGUCUAGUAGACUGGAUUUGUUUGUAUCAGGUUGAAAAAGGAAUGUUCCAACUGUCACUCUCUCAAGAUUGCAUGGUGGAUUUGUACUAUAUCGGAGGCUCGUGAAAUUGUUUGCUCAAUUUUGUAAGGCUAUUUAUUUUCCAUUAUUAUUUUAUUAGUAUUUAUUUUGUGUUAAUUUAUGUUGUCUUUUUUUUUUAAGAACAAUAAUUUAUUAAGUGUAUACUUGAAUGGGUUUUUCAGAUUUCUGGUCACCGUGAUUGUACGAUUUGAAGUUGUGAA